AUGAGUUUCUACGAAACAGGAGGUACUUGUGAACUUCCACAAACCUCAAAUGCCCUUGUCGCUUUCACCGACGGGAAUUACGCCGCGGCCAUCAGGUUCUUAACUGAAUUGGCAUCUCAAUAUGGUGAACACGCGCAAGCGUUGUUAGCUCGUUCAUUAUGCUAUCAACAACAAAGAGAGUUUAUUCGUGUCCUCGCCGAUACCUCAAAAGUGAUAAAGUUAUACGCGUUAAAUGACUAUAAUACUGAUUUAUUCUGUCAGAUGUUAGCAUUGUGGUUAAGAAGUUUAGCCUUUGAAUCGUUGGAAAAAUGGCAGGAAGCUAAACAGGAUCUCAAUCGAUUAAAGACCUUAAUCCUUCAACAGAAUAACUCCCGAUUUACGGUCAAUGGAACAUUAUCCUUGUUCAUUUCUAACAUGGUUCCCCUGAUCAAUCAAAUUGGAGAAAAAUUCGUGGCAAUUAAUCUCCAGUGCGUCACCGAGAGAUUACAUCGAAUGAUGCAUUUGGAAGCGCAAGAAAUUUCUCGGAAUAACAACGCGACGCAAGCUUUUCGGUUGAUUGAUCGAGUCACCAAGAAUUUCAACGAUCUCACUCAAAUAUUUCAGUAUCGUCUGUUACUGAGAAUGCCAAUUCAUUCGAGUAUGCAUCUUGACAGAUGGUAUUCGUUGGAUCUCAUGUGUGUGAGUGAAAUGGGCUUGUUCAAAAGAACAGAUAUGGAGGGUAUAGAGGGAUAUAAACUUGGAUGUAAAAUACUCGAGAUUGGUAAAAGAGAAACUUCCAAGUAUGAAGUAAAAGUGAGAGCCAUGAGCCAAGUUAGUUGUGAAUGGAGUGACGUGGUGGCAACUGAAUGGGCAGGUGUUCAGAGUAACGGUAAAGGUGGAUUAGAAAUCAAAUUAACCAGAAUGAACGACAACGACUCAACAAGUAAAGUGCAUCGACCUGAUAAUGCAACAACGGUUAAUAAUGGCCGUCGCAAUAGAAAAUCUACGAAAAAAAAUUCAUUUUUGUAUCUUCACAUUUUCCCGAUCUUGGAAAUGAUUAGCGAUAGUCGUGGAAAUAAAUUAGCAAAUAAUAAUCACCAGCAUCUUCACCGUCUUGUUCCAUUGGUGAUUGGACCAAUUAAAGUCACCACAUGUGAAUCACAACCAUCCUCUUGUGGCUAUCACUACGCCGUAACUCAAUCCACGAAAUCUACCACCGUAUCAGCUUGUCAUUCAAAUUCUUAUACAUCGAAUUGGUCGACAUUCGAACUUGCACAUGGGAAAAACUUAUUGAUCAAAGAACUUUGGGACUUCGGAAUUCCUGGUAAAGUUUGGGAUUCUGCUUUCAUCAUUGCUGGACUAUUCAAGAAUAAAAUACUACAAGACCCCAGAGCUCUUUUAGGCAAAUCGAUAUUGGACUUGUCAACUGGAACAGGAUUUCUUGGUCUCUAUCUUGCCGCUUUGUUAGCUGUAGUCAAUAAUAAUAUUGUCAAUUCAAAUAAACAAAAAGGAGCGCGUGUAAUCUUGACUGAUUUAGAGGAUGCACUCAAGUUGGUACGCGUUAAUCACUCACUCAAUCAGUAUUUAUUUAAAAACGAUCAAAAUGUGUCGAUCAAAGUGGACACAUUGAAAUGGGGGGAUUCUAAUAAAGCUAAAAAACUUGAACUUUUUGAUAAGCUCAUCCAGACAUUUGUCGAUCUCUGUGUUCCUGGUCGUACAAAAAUGUAUCUUGGAUAUAAGCGUCGAGGUCUAUCUAUCGAACAGGAACUUGAAUUUUUUUCGAAAUUGAACUCUAAAUUUAACAUGAAAAUCUUGGAGGGUGGCGGGAAUCUCGAAAACGAAACUCAAGUUAGAAUUUACGAGCUAUCGCGCGAAAAAUAA